AUGGAGCCAGCGGAGGUCCUCGGCAGCGCGGCAGAGACGACCAGCACCACGCCCGCGCAGACGGCGGUUUCUUCGGCCCGUCCGGAGCGCAGCGAGAACUUCAUUUUG